AUGGCGCCUUGGCCACGGCUCUUGGAGCAACUUGCGGUGACGUACCUGAGCGGCUUCUUGGCGCAACGGAUGAGCCGCUCGCCCGCCAUUCUCCGUGCGGCCGAUCGUAUUCGUCACGAGAUGGACCAUUUGCCGCAUCGGUUGGAAGGCAAGCCCGUGCCAAAGUAUAUAGUUCGCGACUUUGACCCGCCCGAGACGACCUGGAUCGACCAUGGCGAACCCCACGAUGAGCCGUCACCAUUUCCUCUUUCCGGCAAGUACAGCGGCAGCGACGCAUCGUUUCACCGGCAAAGCCCCGGCGCUCCGUCCGAGACGCAAGAUCCACUUGUGCACGAACGCAUAGAAUCUGAGCAGCGCGCCAUGGAGUUCCGCGAGCUACAGGAGCAACUACGGCGUAUGAAAUAG